UUUCAGCAUGGAAAUAGUAAAAACAAUCAUUCCACACAACCGUUCAUACAUUGAACCGCCCAUACCAUCUGCCACCGAGUGGCUUGCAAAUAUGUCAGUUAUGCAUGUGUCAUGUUUAACCAUUGCUUGUGUAUUUGUUGCUAUCACAUUUUUGUCAUCAUUUUUCCAUUUAUUUUUUGUAUUGAAAUAUGUGUCUAAUGAGAGGAUACGCAAUGAUAUGUACGCAUUGAUAUUUAUGUUUCCCAUAACCACAUUUGCAAGUUUAGUAGGAAUGUUCAUACCAAGAGCGGCUAUUUUCCUUUAUGCAGUUUCCCUUGUAUAUUUCAUGUUUACCCUCUUCAUAAUGGUCACUCUUUUAUUCAACAUUUUUGGAGGUCGGCAAGAAAUGAGUGCCUACUUGCUCCAAAGAAAUAUUCGAGUUAAUUUCACUGUUCCACCACUCUGUUUUUUCAAGUUCCUGCCAACUGUAGAAAGUACAGAUCAAAACCUACGUCGAAUCGAGUGGUUGGUUUUUCAAACUCCUAUUAUACGAACUCUUUUAGAGUUAGUCUCAGUCGUUGUGUCUAUGGAACAAGAAGGAAGACGAGAAAGCGUUUGGUUCGUAUUCUCUCAACUCAUGGCACUACUCUCGAUGUGCAUUGCCUUUUAUGGUUGCUACGUUAUGGUUCCUCUUGGAAGAGAAAAGCAUGCUCCAUACCGAUUCGAUUUUCUAUUUCGUACAUGUGACAUUGCUCAGUGUAUUUACACAAUUCAAAAGUUUGUCUUUGAGUUUGCUGCUGCAGUUGGCUUGAUCACUUCGGAUCGAUACCUUCCAGCUGCUGCGAAGGCAUUGUGGUGGGCAUCGUUUAUGUGCACCUGGGAGAUGAUGCUCCUCUCUGCUCUUUGCUCAUAUUGUUUGCGUCCAGCCAAGUGUAAAUUUUUUGAUCUUUACCCUGGAAACGAUAUGCCAGCUUUAUCGGCAAGAGAUGGUUCAAACUCCCGUGUUCCGUCAUUUUCUCGACGUCUAUCUAUUGAAUAUGAGCCACGAAUUGCUGGAGUGAUGUUGGAGCCGCCGUCAAGAAGUUCACUGAGCAUUACUCCUAGGGAUAAAAUAGAAGACCCAACAACCGUAUCGUAUUUUGCUGAUAAUUUUGAUUCUUUAUCGCAAAUCCAAGGACAAUAAUUGAACUUCCUGCCAUUAUUUCAUUGCUCAAUUUACACUAUUCUUAACUUUUUGACAUGAAUUAAAUCUUUUUAAACUGAGUCUAAGCGUAUUAUUGUAUCGUAUUUUCCCCUUCUGAUGUAUUCAUUUACUUGUAUUUUUGAAACCCAUCCCAGUGAUACAACUACCCAAUUUUCCUGUGCCAUGUUUCUUGAAACAAAUCAAAUGUGAUAAAUAGUUUGAAUGCCUUUAUGUAUAAUAAAAUCAAUUUU